UUCCGCCCCAACCUGGCCCUUACAGACCGAGCUCUGAUGGCCGCAAUGCGCCCACGGGGUCCGGCGUGGGAGCGGCGGACGUGAGAAGCGGAUGAAAAACGAGUCUGAACCAGUCCGCCCAGUGCCUCCUCCCUUCGGCUCACACCCUCCUUCCUCCCACCGCUCCUCGGGAACAUCCAUCAGUCCGUCCAUCCAUCCGUCCGUCCGACCGUCCCGGCUGCGGGGAGCAGCGCAGCACCGCCGCUUUCGGAUCCACACGGACCCAAUCCGGAAAGCAGCGAUGGGGUUCCCCCGCUGGAAGCGUUUCUGCUUCUUGCUCCUCGUAGCCUUCACCUCGUCCCUUUUGCUCUACAGGCACUAUUACGCUACGAUGGAGCUGCGCAACGGCCCGAGGGUCGCGGCCAGCCUGCUGCAGCCAGAGCUGCUGUUCCUGGUCCGCCCAGACACCUCGCGUCCAGACAACAGCCACCAGCAGGACCUCGGAGGGACUGUGAAGAGCAGGGAGUUCUCCCAACCAUCCUCAGAGCCGGAGAAGCCCAAACCCAGUGGAAAGCAGCCCACCCUGUGCCCCCGCUCGGUGGUGGCCAUGGCGAAGGCAGACCCCACAUUUAAGGAGCUCUUCCAAUUUGACAUCCCAGUGCUGAUGUGGGACCAACACUUCAACCCCGAGACGUGGGACAGGCUGAAGGCACGACGUGUCCCAUAUGGCUGGCAGGGCUUAUCCCAAGCAGCUGUGGGCAGCACCCUGCACCUCCUUAACAGCUCCUCCAACACUCAGCUCUUUGGCCGUGACCGCUUCCCCGGGGGCUGCGUGCGCUGCGCCGUGGUGGGCAAUGGGGGAAUCCUGAAUGGCUCACGGCAGGGCAGGGCCAUCGAUGCACAUGAUCUGGUCUUCAGGCUCAAUGGGGCCAUCAUCAAAGGCUUUGAGGAGGAUGUUGGGACCAAGGUUUCGUUCUACGGCUUCACGGUGAAUACCAUGAAGAACUCCCUCGUUGCCUACGAGGCGUAUGGCUUCAGCCAGAUACCGCAGGGCAAGGAUCUGAAGUAUAUCUUCAUCCCCUCGGAUGCACGCGACUACAUCAUGCUGAGGUCGGCCAUUCAGGGCAGCCCGGUCCCCGAGGGCUUGGACAAGGGUGACGAGCCACAGAAGUAUUUUGGACUGGAGGCAUCCGCGGAGAAGUUCAAGCUGCUGCAUCCCGAUUUCUUGCAUUACCUGACGACCAGGUUCCUGAGGUCAGAGCUCCUGGACAUGCAGUACGGCCACCUCUACAUGCCCAGCACUGGGGCGCUCAUGCUGCUGACAGCACUGCACACCUGCGACCAGGUCAGUGCCUACGGGUUCAUCACGGCCAACUACGAGCAGUUCUCUGACCAUUACUAUGAGCCAGAGAAGCAGCCACUGGUGUUCUACGCCAACCACGACAUGCUGCUGGAAGCAGAGCUGUGGAGGAGUUUGCACCAGGCGGGGAUCAUGGAGCUGUAUCAGCGUGAGGGCAGCUCAGUCCCACUGCAAGGACUCUCAGCGCGGCACGGAAGUUCUCCUCUUUCCUGAAGGCCUCCUUCUGUCCCUGGAGGGCUCUCCCAUACCCGCAAGCCAGCCUGAGCAGCAGGGCCUGCAGCUGACAGCAGAGCAAAGGUGGUGGUGCAGGGCGAGCCAAGGCUGGCGGGGAAAUACUGCAACUCCUCAGGGCCCUCCAGCAUCUCAUUUGUGACUCUGAGCGUGGCUUUGGGACACCUCUGCACGUGGCUGUGAGCUCCUGAUGCCUUGAGAAUGUCUGUGGGGCAGCAGCAGCCCAUGGGAAGCACAGCGUUCAUCCGCAGGUGGGGCAACGUGGUGCUGGAAGGAGAUGCUGGAGAAGCACGCACCUGCCAGACCUCAUUUCUUGGAACUUUCUGGAGUUACAGCCUCGAAGUCACACUGGGUGGGCUGCAGAACCUGCAGGGCAGAGCUGUCAGCAGCGUGGUACUUAAAAGAGAAAAAAGGAAACCCAAAGGGAGGUGGUCUUGAACCCUCCCCCCGUCCUGCGUAAUGCAGCACUGCUGCAGUGGAGUGGUGGAGGCUCCUCCAGCUCGUGGUGGUGGCUGCAGGGCUGAUGCUGCACAGCAAAGGGAGCGGUGUGAUCUGAUUACUUGGUGUAAUUAGAGGAACAUUGAAUCAUUA